AUGGAACCAGCCAAUGAUGCUGAGACGGUGAAAAGUCACGACGGAGAUACUACCGACGAACUUCCGUAUCCGUCACCUGAAAUGCUCGAAGCUGAGCAUAUUCCUGCGAAUCCCAGCCAUGACGGCAGAUAUAUACAAUACAACAUCUUUGGGAGUAUCUUCGAAGUCACUGCAAAGUAUAAGCCACCCAUCAUGCUUAUAGGCAGAGGUGCUUAUGGCAUCGUUUGUUCGGCUAUGAACUCGGAGACCAAUGAGAAAGUAGCGAUAAAGAAAAUCGUGUAUGCAUUUGAUAACAUUGUAGAUGCAAAGAGAACUCUCCGUGAAAUCAAGCUUCUUCGUCACUUCAAUCAUGAAAACAUUGUUGGAAUCAAAGACGUAAUACUGCCUCCUCAGAGGAAUGCUUUUGAAGAUGUUUACAUUGCAUAUGAAUUGAUGUUCAGUGACCUUAAUGUACUCAUAAGGUCCAACCAAAAACUAUCCCCAAUUCAUUACCAGUAUUUCUUGUACCAAAUCCUGCGUGGAUUAAAGUACAUUCAUUCGGCCAAUGUGAUACACAGAGAUUUAAAACCGAGCAAUCUCCUCGUGAACAUAAACUGUGACUUAAAGAUAUGUGAUUUCGGGCUUGCUCGUGGCACUUCAGAGAGUCAUCUAAUGACUGAGUAUGUUGUCACAAGAUGGUACCGUGCACCCGAGCUUCUGUUGAACUCUUGUGAUUACACCACAGCUAUAGAUGUUUGGUCUGUUGGCUGCAUUUUCUUGGAAUUGAUGAACCGUGAACCGCUCUUCCCUGGUAAAGACCAUGUUCAUCAGCUUCGUUUGCUUAUGGAGCUCGUAGGCUCUCCAUCGGAGGAAGAUCUUGGAGCGUUGAAUGAAAACGCUAAGCGUUACUUAAGGCAGCUUCCUUCGCGUCCUCGCCAAUCUUUUGCUGAAAAGUUCCCUGAUGUGCCUCCUUUGGCUAUAGACUUGAUGGAGAAGAUACUAACAUUUGACCCAAGACAGAGAAUCUCUGUUGAAGACGCGCUUGCUCAUCCAUAUCUCAGCUCGAUGCACGACCUUAGCGAUGAACCAGUGUGCACGAGGCCCUUCAACUUUGAUAUAGAGGACGAACCACUCACAGAGGAGCAGAUUCAGGAGUUAGUCUACAGUGAAGCCCUAGCUUUCAACCCUGAACCAGCAAUAACUGAAAAGGAACAUUUGACUUCUGCUUGA